AUGGCUUCAACGUCUUCCCCGAUGGUUAUCGAUCGAGACUCAUCGCUGGCUCGCAUGGAGGUCGUUACCACAAGCAGCAGCAGCAGCAACGGCGGCGGCGGCAGAAGCUGCUCGCUGGCCUCCAGACCCGUGGAGCAAGGCGAUGCACUCGAAUCUAACAUUCUGUCUUCUUCCAUGGAUAUGGCAAACGCGAAACAGUGUGUGAGCAUGGAGGACAUUCUUCCCAACGCUCUGCUGGGAGAGAUUUUCUCGCACCUGUGCGAUGCGCGAGACUUGUCUCGCGCUGCUCUGGUGAACUCGUCAUUUCGCACGCAGUGCAAGUUUGCCAAAAAUGUGCGGUUCAAUUGCAAACUGCAGAACGUGUCCAAGAAACCCGCCAAGGAUGGGGUGGUGGCGCCUGCGGUCACACCAUUCAAGCAGACUGUGCUCAGCAUGGUAAAGAACCUGACGUGUGUGGAAACGCUGCGGCUGGAGAUCGAUGAGAAUGUACAGCAGAGCAGGUUCAAGGAGGAUGAGGUCGAUAGAGCUAGUCUGUGGCUUAGUGAGAGUUCUUUCGUUAACAGCUGGCUGCCUCCGGUGAGCGAAACUCUGACCAGUCUCACGCUCAUCGAUUACGGGCCGCAGGCAAUAUUUCACUCGUCGCCGUUGCUUCCGCUUCUGUCCAAGCACUGCCAGCAGUUGCGGAGGCUGGAGCUGCGCAAUAUGUUUCUGGAUUCCAAGGGAUGCAGCAAGAUGAACAAGGUCACAUACUUGAGCUUGAAAUGCGUGAAGCUGAUGGAGAAUGGAUUGCAAGACAUAAGCGAGAUGAUGCCCAACCUGGAGCACAUCAUAUUCCAGACGGUGGUAGGGCUCGUCGAGGCCAGGCUCAAGUCCGAUUGUUUGAAGCUGCUGUGUUUGACCUUUGCCACAAGAGUCCAGGCUGUAAAGCUCGAGUCUACGUCGCUCAAAACAUUGCAGUUGAAGAUGGUGCAGUGUCCAGCUGAACUUAGGGUCAAAGCCCCUAACUUGGAGGCUCUGGCGCUCAGGAUGACCAAAGGAGACAGGUGCGUGGUGGAAUUCGAAGGAGUCCGGAAAUUGAAAGAGGUUCUGAUGGGGGGCCACGAGCUCUCCAUUCUGCAGAAGCUGAGCUCCCAGAAUCGUUCCAUUCAGAAGGCAUUUCUGGACGUUCCGUGCAUGAUAUUCGACGACGUUGGGGCCUGGCGGGGAGUGAAGCCGCUUCCACCACCGCUUGAAGGUUCUCCUCCUCGUCCCACAAUUGAAGGAUUGAGAAGCUGCUGCUCAGGGAUGAAUAGCUUGAGCGUGGGGCCUGGCUUGUGGCACUGCCUGGAGCAGGGCAUAAUUUCCAGCGCCGAGGGGGCACCAGUAGUAUUUCAUCCGUGGACGUCAUUGACGAGGCUGAUUUUGCACUUGGUGCUCCAGGACAAGAAAGUGUGUUACGGCCUAUUGAUCUCUCUGGUCUCAGCCAUGCCUCACCUGAGCCUGCUCGAAGUGUAUGUGCACGGUGAGGAUAAAAUUGAAGCGGACGAAAUGCGACUACGGCUAGUGGAUCAAUUUCCCAAACUGGUUUUGACGUGUGACAGUUGGAUUAGGUCCAUGAAAUUUGACGCCUUUGAUGAUGUAAAAAAACAAGGGGGUUGA